UUACGGUUGACACUGACGUUUUUUAUUCUUUGGAGGUUAGCUUUGGUUUUUGAGGUUAAUAAAAAUAAAUAAUAUUAAUGAAAGACUAAUAAUAACUUGUGAUACGAUAAUGCGUUUGUAAGAAUAUUAAAUUCUUUCAAUAAAGUAUUAUAUUAUCUUUGUUAAAUACAUAAAAACAUUCAUACCAAGUAAAGACGAGUGAUCCAGCCUUAGAUCAUUUACUUAUUAUGAUCUAAGGAUCCAGUGCAAUACAUUAAUCCUUAUUAUUAGAUUAUUUGAUCUCUUCACGUCUAUUUAAUUAUUGCUUUUAACCAUGGAAACCAACGAAUUUGACGCCACCCUGGGUGGCGCAGAACAUCUACCUCUUUCGGCAAAUAACCUAAAAUUCGCUGCAUCCAGAAGCGUAGAAAUCGCUGCACUAACCGAACUCAUCCUUCGACCCAGUGCGACAAAGUUAAUAUUCCAAACCUUGCCUGUGCAUAUGCGACGAAGAGCAAUGAGCCAUAACUGUAAAAGGUUACCGAAAAAGCUGAGGGAUGCAUAUUUUGAACAAUUGAAAAAAAGCGGUAUAUCCCCUAAACAGAAGAGACCAUCGCGAAAACACAGACGUCGUCCAAAAUAUUUGUUAGAAGAGUAUAAUCGUCGUCAAAAACGAAAUAUGUGGUUAGAAACUCACAUAUGGCACGCUAAAAGAUUUCACAUGACAGAAUGUUGGGGCUACCGUCUCGCCUAUGCUCCUUGCGAUAAAGCAUUUCGGGCAUGCUACAGAGGGAGCUCGGCUCAUUGCCUCAUGCAAGAUAUUUCAUAUCUUACACCAAUACAAAUUGAAGGUCCAGUAGAUGUCAUUAAAGAUAUGUUCUCAACUAUAACUAACAGCUCAUGCAAUCUCAGUAUUGGUGCCAAAGCUUAUAUCUCUGGAAAUAGAGAAGGAACAAUCCAUGUAUACAAUUCAAAUACAUAUCCCUUUGGUUACAUAGGAAAAGUGCAAUUUAUGUGGAUUCCAUCCACUAAUAUCCACAAAACCUUAUGUCUCUUUGUACAUCCAGCAAUAGUAAAACAAAUUGAAUUGUUGUUAAUGGACUUACUCAGUAAUAACACUGAACAAAAAGACUUUGAAGAUGUAAGUAAAAAAAGAAAAUUAAAUCACAUCUAUGCAGAAAAUAUUCAAAUAAAAGUGCUGUCAGGCAUGUUUAACAGAUUUAGAUUGACUGGGCCCAAUAGUCAUGCAAUAUUAGUAAAUAGUCUAAAAUGUGUUGAUGAUAUUCAAAAGAUAAAACAUGAUGAUUGGGUGGAAAAGUGUGAUAAUAAAGACUUAGAAUUAUUAAAGGAAAAAGAUCAGUAUUGGAGCAGUUUAAGUCUAGCAAAUUCACCAUCACAACUUCCUCCGCAGGCUGUUAUUGGGUUAGUUGUAAGAGAUCCUCGUUUGAGGAGGCCCAAUCAUAGAACUAAGGCACUAUGUAAGCAUGAUAGUGCUGUAAAUACUAGCAUAUUAACCAAUAUACCACCACAUGCCUCAACCUCAGCAUUAUGGAAUUUAGACGUACAUGAAACAAUUAAAAAGAAUGCAGUCACCAACAGUAAAUACAUUCAGCAUGUCACCAAAACUCAGCUUGUGCCCGGUGAAAUCAAUGAAAAUGAUCCAUUUCUACAAAGUCUACCUGUUGUUUUAGUGCAGCGACCUGGUUCACAAGAUCCUACUCACAAAAAAAUUGGCUAUGGAUGUGGUUGGGACAUUAUAAUGCCUUCUGGAUAUGGUCUUCCUUUCUGGCUCACAUUUAUUAUGUUUGGAGCGAGACCAGGAGGACUCCGUGAAACAGAGAGCUUAGCUUUUGAAAUGGGAGAAUGUUACUUCCCUCCGGACUCUGAAGCAGGGAGAAUAGAAGAAGAAAAAAUAGAAUCAGAACUUAAAAAUAGAUAUUUUAGAUUACCACCAAGCAAGAGAGUAAAUUUUAUAAAACUGGGUAUCAAUGCCCCAUUUAUUUGUCCUUGGCGAUUAUUACUUCAAGACUGGAGUGAAACCCCAGUAGAAAAAUUCUUUAUACUGCGUGACAGACAAAAGUUAAAUAAUUUACAGGAAUGCAUACAAGCCAAGAAAUGUAUACCACAAAUGGAAAAUUCUGACUUUUGCUUAGUAGCAGUGUAUUUGCAACUAUCUGUAAGAGGGAGUCUCAAAAAAAAUGCUUUGAUCUGUUUGCCAGAGCAGAAUGAUAUGAGUUGCAUAAAAGAAUUGGCUGAACCACACCAUGAGGACCCUAAUGAACAAUUAAGAAAAGUGAAAAGAGCAGCACAUUUGAAACUUCUGAAACAAUUAAGAAAAAAAAGAAUCAAACAACACAAGAAACAGAUUACUACAAUAAAGAAAUUAAAUAAAAAAACAUCCAAAGAACCUUCAAAAUAUGUGAAAGAAAUGAGGGAGUUAUGGUUGCCCUCGAAUGUGGAGACAGUGCGCCACAUUGGCGCCCGCCAAGUUAUGGGUUAUAUUUCUCAAGGAGCAUUUAGUUUCACAGAAGCGCGAAGCUGUGGCGUUGGGUACAUUACUUAUAACGCACUUAACACUCUCCUAAACAUGGCCAAAAACCAAGUACUUUUACGGAAUACAAGUUCAAGAAAAUAUCGACUUGCGAAUAUACAAAUCGCUAUACAUUGAUGGAUAAAUAAAAGAACGAUUCUACAAAAA